AUGGCUCCGCUGCGGACCUGCCCCAGCAGGGUGCCCUGUGUGGGCGAGGUCGCACCCCUGCUCAAACGCAGCGGGAAGCGUUCGGCCGAGCGGGUGGGGCCCGUGGACCUGCUGGCGGGGGGAGGGUGGGUGUCCUACUACCAGUUCCACCGCUCCCUGCGCACCAUGAGCUACCGCGGCACCUUCCAGGAGUUCUGCCGGCGGUUCAUGAACGACAAGCUGGGCUACGGCUCCUGGUUCGAGCACGUGCAGGAGUUCUGGGAGCACCGCACGGACUCCAACGUGCUCUUCCUCAAGUAUGAAGACAUGCACCGGGACCUGGUGACGAUGGUGGAGCAGCUGGCCAGGUUCCUGGGGGUGUCCUGUGACAAGGCCCAGCUGGAGUCGCUGAUCGAGCACUGCCACCAGCUGGUGGACCAGUGCUGCAACGCCGAGGCCCUGCCAGUGGGCCGGGAUGCAGAGGGCUGGCCGUGGCCGCCGGGGCUGCCGGGCUGCUCUGAAGGGCGCGUGGGGCUGUGGAAGGACAUCUUCACCGUGUCCAUGAACGAGAAGUUCGACCUGGUGUACAAGCAGAAGAUGGGGAAGUGCGACCUCACGUUUGACUUUUAUUUAUAAGCGCAGCCCCGGCAACAGCCCUGCAUGCUCACGGUCCCCAGACGCCACUAGCUACGGUCCCGUACACGCAUUCGCUACUUGCUGGACAAGCCCCGGCCGCGGUGUGGCCACGCGGGGAGGGGGGCGCGCAGGAGGUGGGAGGGGCCUGCCGCCCGGAGCAGCUGUCCCGCCUUCGGAUCUGAAGUCUGUCUGUGUCUAAUACAAACAUUGUCAGGGUCGCCGUGCUGUUCCAGCGGUGGCACCGU